CAUGCACCGGAUGGUUAUAAAAGCUAGCAUGGUUUUCUUGAAAUCUCACACCCUUAAUCAACAAGAGUUAUGAGAAAUAUGGCUCUUCCAUCUGCAUAUUGGAUCCUCUCCUUUUAUCUUUUGCUCUUAAUGUGUGAUCAUGGAAGUGGAGCAAGGGAUGUUGCUAAGCAAGAGCAUGUUAGUUGGAACCAUGCUAAUGGAGUGAAGGUCGACGAAGCUGGACAACACUUGAACCAAGAAGAGAUGAACCAACCCUACAUAGCUGGGUAUAGAAACAGACAAGCAAAUUAUAUAGCUAGUUAUGGAACCAGAGAAGACGUAAAAGACAAUUACGUAGCUCAGUAUGGCACUAAAAAAGCCUUGAAAGACUCUGGGAUGGAGUACAAAGAACACCAUGGCCAACAAGUGGAGGUGGCAAACCAAAAAGAGAUAGACCAGCCCUACAUAGCUGCGUACCAAAAAAGACAGACAAAUUACAUAACCAGUUAUGGAAGCAGAGAAGAUGUGAAGGACAAUUACAUAGCUCAAUAUGGCACUAAAAAAGCCUUGAAAGACUCUGAGAUGAAAAAUAAAGAGCAUGGCCACCAACAAGUGGAGGUGGCAAACCAAAAUGAGAGGAACCAACCCUACAUAGCUGCGUACAGAAAUACAGAGCAUGGCCAACAAGUGGAGGUGGCAAACAAACAAGAGAUAGAGUACCAGCCCUACAUAGCUGCGUACAGAAAGAGACAGGCAAAUUACAUAACCAGUUAUGGAAGCAGAGAAGAUGUGAAAGACAAUUACAUAGCUCAGUAUAAUACAAAAGAAUCCUUGAAAGACUCUGAGAUGAAAAAUAAAGAGCAUGGCCACCAACAAGUAGAGGUGGCAAACCAAAAAGAGAGGAACCAACCCUACAUAGCAGGGUACAGCAAUACACAGCAUGGCCAACAAGUGGAGGUGGCAAAUAAACAGGAGAUAGACCAGCCCUACAAAGCUGGGUACAAAAACAAACAGGCAAAUCACAUAACCAGUUAUGGAAACAGAGAAGAUGUGAAAGACAAUUACAUAACUCAGUAUGGUACUAAAGAAGCCUUAAAAGACUCAGAGAUUGAGAAUAAAGAGCAUUGUGGCCAACAAGUGGUGGAAAACCAAAAAGAGAUGAACCAACAACCCUACAUAGCUGGGUACAGAAACAGAGAAGCAAAUUACAAAACUGGUUAUGGAGGCAGAGGAGAUGCGAAAGACAGUUACAUAACUUCAUACACUAGGAAGAGUCAGAAUUCCUACAUAGCUGCCUACAGAAAUACGCAAGACUUGCAUGAAAAUCAAAUGGCAGAAAAGGCAUCAUCAUCCCACAUGGAUCACUCGGAAGCAUUCAAGUCAGGCUUUUUCGCCAUUGAUGAUCUGUAUGUUGGGAGAACAAUGGCAGUCCACUUCCCCAUACAAGAAUUUCCCCACUUCUUGCCUAGAGAAGAAGCUGAUUCCAUUCCUUUCUCAUUGCCCCAACUCCCAGACGUUCUUCAACUCUUCUCAAUCCCUACAGAUUCUCCCAAUGCAAAAGCCAUGAAAGACACACUCCAGCAGUGUGAAUCUUUACCCAUCAAGGGGGAGAUCAAGCUCUGUGCUACCUCUUUAGAAUCCAUGGUUGAUUUUGUGAACAACAUCAUGGGCUCGCGGACUAACUUGAAUGUCCUAACAACAACAACACACCCCACAAUGCCAACUGCCCUGACACAAAACUACACUGUCUUGAGAAUUUCAGCAGAAAUUUAUGCUCCUAAAUGGGUAGCUUGCCACCCACUGCCUUACCCUUACAAAGUUUUCUACUGUCACUUCAUAGAAAGGAGCAAGAUUUUCAAGGUUUCACUAGGAGGUGAGAACGGACAGAAGGUGGAAGCUGUUGCUGUAUGCCACAUGGACACGUCUGAUUGGGACCCUAAUCACAUUCUGUUUAGCCAACUUGGAAUCAAGCCCGGCUCGUCUUCUCCAAUAUGCCAUUUCCUCCCCGUAUAUCAUCUUGUCUGGGUUCCAUCGCCGACAACAGCCUCUAUCUAAGCAACAGCACCGUUGUCUCUAUGUUGUGUAGAUGUUGAAUAAAGGUCAAUAAUCACCGAGUUCUUGUUCUGCUUGUGAUGGUACUUUCUGGUUUGUUGUUUCUGUGUCAUGUUGGGGAAAAUCAGAUGUACAAAAGGCUCUGACUUUGUUCUUAAGCAUUUAGUUAUGAAACAUUCCUGGCACUUGUGUUAUGA